AAACGAGAAGACAAUUGUUUUUAUUUUUCUCAAGAAAAGUACUCUAAAAUACUUUCUGAAGUGGUUUCUGCUAAAACUAAGUGCAAUACACCUUUGGAUUACAGACGAUUAAAACGUUUUGAUGUUUUAAAAAUUAAUGAUGAAGAGAAGUUAAUUGUACCAUUAAAACAAGGAGACACGAAUAUCCAGUAUUAUGUUACCAAUGAGGAAUUGUUCAGUAUACUAUAUGAAACUCACACCAGAAUAGGCCACGGAGGAAGAACACGUAUGCUGAAAGAAUUGCAAGUUAAAUACAAAAAUAUUACGUAUGAAGUUGUCAUGUUGUAUUUAAAUUUAUGCAAACAGUGUCAAAUGAAACACAGUGCACCUAGGAAAGGUAUUGUUGUGAAACCAAUGGUCAGUUCUGAGUUAAACUCAAGAUGUCAAGUUGAUCUGAUAGAUCUACAGUCAAACAGCGAUGGCGAAUAUAAAUUCAUAAUGGUUUACCAAGAUCAUUUAACUAAGUUUGUCCAGCUACGACCUUUGAAAACUAAGAGAGCUGAAGAAGUAGCGCAUCACGUUCUUUCAAUAUUUUUAACAUUUGGUGCUCCAGCAAUAUUGCAAUCAGAUAAUGGUAGAGAAUUCAGUAAUCAAGUCAUAUCCGAACUAUGCGCUAUGUGGAAAGAUGUUAAGAUAGUCCAUGGAAAGCCUCGUCACAGUCAAACACAAGGCUCAGUUGAAAGGGCCAAUCAAGAUAUACAGAAUAUGCUAUCCGCAUGGAUGAACGAUAACGAUACAAAUAAAUGGUCAGAUGGUUUACCCUUUGUACAAUUUGCCAAGAACACUACAUACCACGAAGGAAUACGCCAAAGUCCUUAUGAAGCCAUGUUUGGCGUUAAGGCUAAAAGAGGCAUAGCAUCGUCUUUUUUGCCUAGCGAACUAAUCGCAAAUAUUGAAACCGAAGAACAACUCAAAGAAAUUGCCAAUACUUGUGAAACCGAAAAACAGCAUGAAGAAACUGUUGAUACUUCUGAAAAAAAUUUGUGCGGUGGUCAUUCGGAAAACCAUAUUUCAAGGAAAAAUAUUGAAGAGGACCUGCAUUCUACUACGUUUCCACAUCAAGCUCUAACUGGAAAACACGAGUUAAUUUCAAUAAAAAGAGCGGCCGCGAAAGAGAAUCUUGUACUGCAAGCAAACAAAAUGUUACGCACCUCACAAAAACAAUUUCCUCCUGCUCAAAUUGGCGAUAGUGUACGAAUACAAGUGCCUGAUGUCGACCGUGGUCGUACAGAUAGCCGAAAUGUGUUAGCGGUUGUUGUUGGGAUAGAAGACUCCGACUUCUAUAAACUGGCAAAUAAAAAUGGUACCCUCAAGCAGCUUUACACACGUAACCAGUUCGUAAUUUGUAAAGAAAAGUUACUUUCCAUAAAUGAGAUUUCGGCUCAAGAAAUUUCGCUGAGAGAAGCAGCUGCAGCUAAUUCGAGAAGCGGCGGACAAGGCUAUACACGCUUUUAUGGAAGUUCACCAGGAGGCCAUGUCCACAGAGAAGACACAGAAGAAGUUGCAAUAGAAGAAGUGGUGCUGCGCAUCAAGGAGACUAGACUAGACGGUACAGCCACAAUUAGAGACAGCGAGAAUGAGCAUAAAAGAGUAAAAGAGGAUCUGUCUACCAUUUUUUGGCGUCUUGAAAACUUCCUCAAAAGGGUAAAGCCACGACAACCUCUACCCAUUGCUCUAAGUGAGGGAGACUCUGUGGCUCCGACUCUGUGGCUCCGACCUAUUGCGGAAGCACGCUGGGGAGGCCAUAUUACAUGGGAGAUAGCCGGGAGAAGCAGACCAGUGAAGUGGUGA